AUGAAGAGCGAAGAGCUGUUCUUUGAAGAUUUGAAUUUUUUCGUUUUUUUUUCUCUGCGGCUGCAAAACCAAAAAACGCUCCUCUUUUUCACCUCUUUUUUUUCACCUUUUUCGCUUCUUUUUUUCUCUUUGUGUGUAACUGUCUCUCUCUCUCCUCCCAUUUUUCCUUUACACAUCAUGAUUCGCUCUCUUCUUUGUCUUCUUUUGGUGCGCGGCGUGCUUUUGGAGUUUUCUUCAUCACGCGCGGGGGUGGAAGGGCGAAGAACAAUUUUGAGUAGUGGUAGUAGUAUUUAUGGGGAGACGAGGACGAGAAAAGUUGAUGUUGAUGCGUCGGAUUCGUUAGAUUCAGAUGCCGCAAAUUCAUCAUCGGGUGAUGAUUUCGUUCACGCGUUGCCUGGAUAUUCGAAGACAUUUCAUCCCCAUUACAGCGGGUAUUUAGACGCGAAAAAUAACGGGACGAAGUUACACUAUUGGAUGGCCACGAGCACGAAGAAAAGUGUUGGUGAGGAAGGCUGGAGAACAGAUUGGGAGACAAAACCGGUCGUUUUGUGGCUCAACGGAGGCCCGGGGUCUUCGUCGAUUCUGGGAAUGCUCCAAGAGCAAGGACCUUUGAUUAUCGAUAGUAAAGGAGAUUUGAUGGAAAACCACUACUCGUGGACGAAUGCGGGAGUAAACUUAGUCGCGUUGGAGUCUCCAGCUGGAGUCGGGUGGUCGUAUUGCGAAAAGCAAGAGGAAAUAGGGUGCGCGAACUCAGACAAAUCAACCGCUCGAGACGCGAAGGAAGCGAUGGUGGAUUUCUUUCACGAAAAGUUUCCCCAGUUGAAAGCGAAUGAAUUUUAUAUAGCGGGAGAGUCUUACGCGGGUGUUUACGUUCCCACGCUCGCGAUGGAGAUUGUAGAGCACAACGAAAAGUUUCCGGAAAAGAAGAUUAAUUUAGUCGGGAUUAACACGGCGGAUCCGUGCACGUCGAACAAAGAGCAACGAGAUUCGAUGGAUAUGCUUUGGUACGGGCAUAAAUACGGGUUCGUACCGGAUAAAGAUUUCAAGUUGUUAUGGAACGAGUGUAAACUGAGGUAUCCGAUGACUCGCGUGACCAGCGGGAGGUGGGGGAAGAAGUUUUCCAAGUUAAUAGAAGCGAAAAGAAGAGAUUUUUCAUCAUCGUCAGAAGGCGGCAAAAGCGUCGAGAAAAAGUGCAAAGUCGCGCACGCAAAGUUCCUCUUCUCCACGAGUAAAGCCUUUUCGCAAGAUUGGCGGUUGGCAUACAUAAACGAUCUAUCUUUGUUUGGGCCUUCCGCCGUAGUCGACGGCGCUCCGGAGGGUUCUUUGGAUUAUUACACGAACGAGUGGAUGAACAGAGCGGACGUGAAAAAAGCUUUGCACGUGGACGAAACGCCAUACGCGUCGAAAAAAUAUAGAUGGCCUGGACCGAACGAUAAGUGGAGUUAUCAAUCUGAUUACGACGCGUGUAACGAUAACGCCGCUCCAAACGUACCGUCCAUGAAAGAUUUCUAUAAAAAACUCGCGAAAAAGUUGGAUCGAAUAUUAGUAGUGAACGGAGAUACGGAUCCGUGCGUUUCGUACGAAGGAACGAGGAAAGCGAUCGCGAAUGUGGGUAUUCCUCUGGUUCGGGGUGGAAGUCAACGACCGUAUUUUUUUGACGCGGCUGCGACGGACAUUAGCGUUCUGGCGCAAAAGCCACUCUUGUUCGGGCCUUCACUCGCGGCACAACCUGCUGGACCGCAAAUGGGCGGACACGUGACAAACUACGAGGACAAUUUAACGUUCGCGACGGUUCACGGAAGCGGUCACAUGAUUCCACAGUUCCGACCGAGAGUCUCUCUCCACGUGUUUAAAAAGUUCAUCGCAGGGAAACCUUUAUCACCUCUCUUGCCGAGCGACGAAGAGUUGGAGAAAUUCGACGAUUAUGACGACGACGACGGAGAGAACAACGGUGCGCUCAUCGAUAAUUGGACGACGGAAGCGGAGAGUUACGUUUGA